CUGGCAAAUGCAAAUGCAACACAUUUGAAAUUUUUAAGCAAGCCUGUUAAAGCACUAUAUAAGGAGGAGCAGGCCCGCUUGAACUUCUGCUGAAGACUGUCAUAAUGAAGUUCGUGAUCUUGGCUUUGUUUGUUGCUGGUGCCUACGGGUGUGGCCUGCCCACCUAUCGCCCUGUAAUCACCAGGGUGGUUGGUGGAGUUGAUGUCCGUGAGAACAGCUGGCCCUGGCAGGUGUCUCUGCAGUACAAGAGUGGCAGCAACUUCUACCACACCUGUGGUGGCACCUUGAUCUCCAACCAGUGGGUCCUCACUGCUGCUCACUGCAUCAGCAGUCGCACCUACAGAGUCUACCUGGGAAAACACAAUCUCAAAACCAACAAUGAGCCUGGUUCCAUCGCCAUCAGCCCCGCCAAGAUCGUCGUCCACGAGAACUGGGACUCUUACAAUAUCCGUAACGACAUUGCCCUGAUCAAGCUGUCAACCCCUGUCACAUUCUCUGAUUCCAUCAUGGCUGCCUGUCUUCCCAACUCUGGUGACAUCCUGCCUAAUGCUGCUCCCUGCUACGUCACUGGCUGGGGCCGUCUCUGGACUGGAGGUCCUAUUGCUGACAUCCUGCAGCAGGCACUCCUUCCUGUGGUUGGCCAUUCCACCUGCACCAGGUCUGACUGGUGGGGCAACCUGGUCACCAACAGCAUGGUCUGUGCUGGAGGAGAUGGAAAGCUGGCUAGCUGCAACGGAGACUCUGGCGGUCCUCUCAACUGUCAGAACCCUGAUGGCUCGUGGGACGUCCACGGUGUGGUGAGUUUCGGCUCAAGCAUGGGCUGCAACUACCCCAAGAAGCCCUCCGUCUUCACUAGGGUCAGCGCCUACAUCCCCUGGAUCAACAACGUGAUGACCACGAACUAAGAUGCGGAUUAGUUUGUGUCAUUGUUGGUUGUUGCACUUGAGCAUCAAAUAAAGAAUGUUGUGGCUUA